CAAUGCCUGUACAGUGACAUUUAGCUUCGCAGCUUGCCAAGUGCACCAGGUCUAAAGACAUUGUUAAGAGGACUUGUAAGCUCGUGUCAAAGCAUAUUCCUUUAGUAUUAUUGGAUACUACCAUUAGGUUGCAGUAAUGGAGCUGUUUCUCAAGAUUUUGAAUCUAAAUGGAGUAUUUAAGCUGUUUCAGUGUUGGACUUUGCAAAACAGCUUGUCCUAUUUUUAUUUUUUUUGUUUAACUUCCUAACGUCUUCGUUCUCAGAGGCUGCAAUUUGGGUUUGAUCUCUGCCCAAGACCACUAUUUAAAUGAAGGGCUUUAAGUGAUUGAAAUUGCAGGAGGAAAGCAUUUUCUGUUCUCUUUAGGCAUACAUUCCAUUGAACUUGCUUCAGCUCUUAAAUUCAGUCAUCUUGACAUGAGCAAAGGCAUCUAUCUCAACGUGUGCAAUUAAUUGCUGCAAGAAACAGCUACGGUACGUUUUGGGGAGGGGGUUAGGUUUUGUGGUUUAGGUGAUGGAAUCAGCAAUAGUCUUGCAUCAUGCAUGGUAUGUUCAUCUUUGUUCCCCUGUCAGCCUCCCUGAUCUUUGGCAAAGAUCUUCAACUUCAGAAAGCCUUGCUUGUGUUCGUUACCGUGUUCUCGUUAAAUUCUUGAACUCGUGGUCUGAUGUGGUGUAACUGCUCUAAACCCAACUACCUGCUUGGUUACAGCUGAGCUUGAUAACCUUCGUGUAGGAAAUAGGUCAUGGUGGGUGUCUGGUCUCACAGGCAUUUCCCUCUGAAAGCUGAUUUACUCCAUGUCUUCAACAUUUUCAUUACAGAUUGUUUUGUGGGGUGUGCAUGGGAAGCCUGGUUGGUCUGGUUGUUACGUGUGACUCUAACCAAGCUCAUUAUCACCUAAAAAGCUAUUUUAAGGCUUAAAAUAUUCAUUCUAUAGUGAUGAUUAGGAAUUUGAACUUUCUCCAUAGAGAGAAGCAGAUCUGGAAUUUGAUAGCAUUUUUAACCUUUUAUCUAGUACUGUUCCAUGGCGUGGGUGCCUAGAGUUGCAGACCUGGUGUACUCAGAAUCCCCUCUGAACAGGACAGCUUCCUGGCACAGAGUUUAGCAGUGAUACAUUCCUGUGAGAAACUGGGACAAGUGAGCGUUGCCACGUUGGAGGAAGAGGUCUACAAGGUUGUGUUUGAUUUUGGAAGUUCUCUAAGUGGGUGUGUAUGGGGUUGGCAGGUGUUGUCAGGAAACAUGUAAUAACUCAGUCAGGAAUAACUUGUGUGUUUGGGGAUGCAGAAGGAAGUAGCAACAAUUGUUGCUGUGUCAGGCAUCAUUUGUUGUUUUGAAUCAGUUAAUUUAGUGAGACUGUCUUGGUGCCAGCUUUUAGGUCAUAACAGCUGCCAAUUUCUCCCAAGUCAUGGUAAAGUAGUUCUUUGAGUGCUUGGGCUGAGGAUGGGGGAGGCAUGUUGCUUCCAGGGUGGCAAUAAUUCAGAGUGCUUGAGUCUCCAAUGCAGGAGCGAAUUCUUCUGUCAGCAAGUGGGACAUGAACCUAUGCUAUUUUGUCCUUGAAACUGCAAAGCCUAUGGGUAUAUCCUGUCCUGCUCUUGCAGGAGCCUGGGGUUAUGUUGCUACAACACUAGUGGGUUAGCCCUGGUUUGGGAAGGAGCUGGGGAAAGGUGUUUUGGGUGAGGGUGAUCCGACUCCAUUUCCUCAGGCUUUCAGUUCAUUCUCUUCAGUACCUGGCUGGCAUUGAGUGCAAGCUGUGUCAGCUGGGUGGUGGGCAUUCAUCUUCCACAUGGCAGGACAGCAGUGGGGCUGUCAGCAUGGGAAGUUCCUGUUUGCCUCAUACCCUGUCAUGAAGCCAAGGUGAAGCUGGGAGGAGGGAGAAGCCAAAGAAGCCCUGCUUCCAACCAGAGAAGGGGCUCAGCCUGCCAGCCCUGUCCACCUGUCCACAUGCCUGGGCAGCACAGUGCUUCUUGCUUCCCUCCCUCUGUUGCUUUUUGUGUCCUGGUAACGUUGCUUAUGUUAGAGACCGUAUAUGUUGGUAACAUGGCUGCAUUUUAGGGUGCAGAAAGCUUCCUGUGGUCCUCUGAGCUGCUCUGAAGGCUGUAGCUCCAGGAGGAAUGAACAAAACUCACCCCCAGAGAAAUGGUGAUGUAACUACUUUUGAUUCAGCCAAGUCCUCUGAAGAACAAGGCUGCUGCCGGCCAUGCUGUGCCCACCUGUGCUGCCCACCGAGACGGGCCUGCGUUGUGCUGCUGCUCCUGGCUGCCAUAGCAGCCAUUGUGGGCCUGGCAAUCGCACUGGGACUGCAGCUACGUACACCGGUGAACCGCCCCUGUGUAGCCACCCAUAACUGGACAGGCUUCUUGUGCAAUGACAGAGUGACCUGCAUCCCAGCCAGCCAGGUCUGUGAUGGAACUGCCAACUGUAGAAAUGGAGAGGAUGAGCAGGAGAAACUCUGUGGUGACCUGCCCCGCAGCCUGCCGGCAUACCUGGUUUUCCACUGUGGUAACCCUGAGCACUGGGUCUAUGCUGACCAGAGGUGUAAUGGGAUGAACGACUGCGGAGACUGCUCCGAUGAGAUGGGGAGCUUGGCUGCCUGCCCUCCCUGCGGCCCAGCGUGGUGGAGCUGCAGCCCUGUUCACUACAAGUACUGCUCCUGUGUGCCCAGGGCACUGUGCAGCGAUGGUGUGCAGCACUGCGUGAGCUGGUCGGAUGAGUACCUCUGCAGGCCGUGAGGUCUGGGCACCAAGAAGUGUUUGACAUGGCGAGGUGCUUCCUGCACUGUCACUUCCUGCUGUGCCUCCACCCUGGAAAUUCUGGCACAAGCAGGCCCAGGUGAGCAGCUGCAAAAGGCCUGCAGCAGAGAUGGGUGCUGUGCUGCUGGCAUCCCGGUGCUGCAGGCCGGGCAUCAGCUGUGGGACACCUCUGUGGGUUCUCCUGAGCACCUCUUGGGGCUCUGAGGGUGCAGAGUGGCAGCUUGGUGCUUAAUGAGCAGCUGUUGGACUGAGAUGUGUUGUAGAGCAGUUAGAAAGUGAAAAAGGAGGGAAACAAAGUCUGUUGCAUCCUUGGAACUGCGAGCAGAGGAAAACCAAGAGCUGCUGCCAGGCCAUGGGAUGACAUGGGAUCUGCUCAGUUUGCUCCUCUGCUGGUGCUGCAGGACCAGACAGCUGCCUUCACAGCACCCACGAGAUGUAGGUACAGAUGUGUCAUUGAAAUGUAAGAAAGCUGUGGUCUUUCUCUCUUCUUUUGAAAACCUUGCCUGUGUCUGAAACAUCAAUCCCAGAUCUAGUGUUCCAGGCCCCAAAAAACCACUGGGCAUUAUUCUUCCUGCGUGCCAGCUCAUAGAUCUUCAAAAAUAAAUCCUGGUUCACUCA